AUGAUCUUUUUAUCUUGUCUUUUUAUAACAUUAUAUGGUCAGGCAUUAUAUCCCUUUUAUAAUGUAUACCUAACUUAGGGAGAAACUUACUCCCUACCUUUGAAAGAAUUAUUUAAGGAAUAGAUACUAAACUUCACUAUUCAGGAUUGUCCUGACAACGUUCAAUUAUUUAAUGCCUUAAAUUUAUUAUCUGAAUAGAAUAAUAGUAUUAUUAGAUAUUUUAUUUAGAUGAAACAUUUAUUUCAAUAUCCUCCUCAUUUCCAUACUACUUACUAAUUACUUAAAAUAAUGGAUUAAAUUUGUAUUAUUGGAAUUAAACCUAUUUAAAUCUCAUUAAUUAGAUGGUAUUGCCACAAUAAAAAUGUUUGAAUGCUUUAUUAACUUAAGAAAAUUCUAUAAUAAUAGACUGCUACAAUUUGACUAAUUUAAAUAUUUAUAAUUAUCAAGAGAAUGCUUGGACUAUUGUUUACUCCGAAUUAAUUCAAUAAAUGCCAAAAAAUACAGACUUUAAAACAUUUACUAGUAAUUCAAUUAACUUUAUUCUUUAUGCAUAAUAUUACGAUGACUAUGAAAUUUUAACCCAGUUUCAAUUUAAUCAAAAUUUAUUCUAAAAUAUUUCUAUUUGGAUAUAACCAUUUAUUGAUUUUAUAGUUUCUAAUAAAUCAUAUUCUCAAAAUGCAAUAUAUUUAUGGAAUGAUUCUACUUUAUAUCAAUUAAAUGCUAAUUAAUAAGGGUUGAAUCUUCAAACCUAUAUCUUUCAAUAUGUUGAAAUCUUGGCAGUUUAAAUACUUUACCCAUAAAAAAUGUUCUACUAAUGUGAUACUUUAUUAAUAAUCUUCAUAGAAUAGAUCAUUACAAGCCAAAUAUGUUAUAAUUCCUAGGGUUAGAACUCUAUUGCUUCUAAAAUGCUUUUAUAUUUAAACUAAAUCUCUUCAGCUUACUUAAGUGAUGAGUUUUUAAUUUUAUAAUAAUUUGAUAUAAUAGAGAUUUAUGAAAUGAAGAUAUUAGAUGAAAAUAUAAAAUUAAAGUUAAUUGGAGGGCUUAAAUUAAAUUCUCCGUUUUCUUAAGUUUCCUUUGAUUAUAAUAGCAAUUAGUUAUUUAUAUUUAGUGACACUUAGAUUGUGACUUACUUAGUAGAUUAUCCUAAUAUAAAUUUCAAAUCUAUUUAGAAAUAGUAAAAUUAUCAAUUUAUUAUACAAGGAAGUCCAUAUUUGAUAAAUUACACUGAUGCUUAUAAAUGUUCAAAUUGUACUGUGUAGUUAAAUGUUAGUGUUCUCUCAAUUAAUGAUGACAACAUAUAUUUAACUCGUGAGAUUAGCAAUUAAAAUGUAUAUACUUUUUCAAGUUAACAUUGGCUAUAAUUCUUCCUACAAUUCUCAGGAUCCCUCAUAACUGCAAAUUUCUCAGUAGAAAAAUCAAACCUUGGGAACUUUUAUGAUACAACAUUGUUUAAAGUAUGCUUCAUAAAUUAAUCAUUCCAAAAUUUACAAAUUUUAAGUAAGAAUUAUGCUGUUGGAAUAAUAAAUAACAAUAAUAACAGCAAUAUUGUUUUAAUAAAUCAAUGGAAUAAAUGUCAUUAUUAGAGAUUGUAGAAUUUUACAAUUAGUUCUAAAAUAAAUAUUAAGAAUAAUCAAAUUUAAGGCUAUUAAUUAGAUUAAGGUCAGCUGUUUUUUGGAAUUUAAAUAAACAGUAAACAAUUAUAUAUAAAUAACAAUAGUUAUUAUAAUUAAAAAGGACCUUAGAUUCUUAAUUUUUAACCCUUUUAAUAAUUCUAUAUGCUAUAUUAAUAAAUUGUACUUCUGCUUGAAUCAAAUAUAAUAUAAAUAUGUAGUUAAACUGGAGAUUGCACAAAUUUAUAAAUGAAUAAUAAUAUAAAUCCAGUUGGUAUAGCAUUAAAUUAACAAUUAUGUUCAUCAACUUUAUUUAUUAAUAACGAUUAUCGUAACAUUAUUGUUGGUUAAAUAACAUCAUCAAAUACUUAUAUUAUAUUCAGCUAAAUAGAGGUUUAAAUUAAAGUUAAGGAUAUGAAAAUUGUAAAUAAUCGGUUGAUAUUAAACUAUUAUUGUUAAUAGAAUUAAUUUAUUUGUUUUAAAUUUGGAAUGUUGCAAAUUUGAACUCCCCAUAUUUUGAAAAGAAUUUAAGAAGUAUUUAGAACUCAAAUAAUAUUCAGUUAUUUGCUGAUAAUCUAUUUUAUUAUGUUCAGACUAACAAAUAAAUCUAUGUUUAUAAUCCAGUUAUUCUUGAGCAUUCAUCAUUAUUCUAUACUUUUUAAUAUAACGGAUCCUAUUUUUCUUCUACUACUAUUUAAGAUAUGGCUUUGAUAUCAUUCAAUUCUUAAUUUUACUUGUUAAAUCCAAGUUUAGUAUACUCUUAUCAAAAUACAAUACAGAAUACAAUAACAAAUGAUGUAUCACUUUGGUAUAAUACAUAUAAUGCCUCAGUUUCAAGUUAAAUUGGAACUCAAAAUGUUAUUGAUUAUCCCCCAAAUCAAAAAAUUAUCAUCUUUAAUGAUUUUUUAAAUAUUUCAUUGAAUAAAAAACAAUAUCAUGUUUAAACAAAUAAUGUCACAUUAACAUAAGAUAAUAUAACUUUUAGUGGAUAAGUUGGAUGGUUUUAAAUACAAUGCAAUGGGAAGUCCAAAGUCCAAGUUAUCAAUACUUUGAAUCCAGUGGGUUUGGCUGAAAAUGUGAUUGCUGUGUUUAAUUAAUAAAUUUUGGUCAUGUACGGUAUCAGUUAAUUGUCUUUUCAAAUUUUAAACAUAACUUCAUAAGGAAAAUUGAAAAAAGUAUCACCCUAAUAAAAUUUUAGCCAAAAUUGUUCCAAAGAAUUUGCCUAGAUGAAUGCUUACUAUAUAUUUUUAUUUUGCCAUGACUAUAAUUCUUAACAUUAUUAUGACUUAUUUAGGAUCUAAAUACUAAACUAAUCUUUUGGUGAAAUGACCUACUUGACUAAAAUUUAUAGAUACUUUGUGUAAAAUACAAUUCUAUUAGACGAUAUACUCUAUAUUUAUUAUUCUUACAAUAUUACAAUUUAUGAUAUAAAUUUGAAUAUUUCUCAUAGUAUCCAAACAAAAUGCAAUAUGAUUAGUUUUCAGCCCUUUGUUUAUAAGAAUUCUAAUUACUCUUUUUAUGCCUAUAUCUAUAUAUGCAAAGAUGAUAAGAAAUUGUUUUAUCAAUUAGGAAAUCGUUAUUUACAAGAAUAAAUUUAGUUUACUUCAGUUUAGUAUAUAUAAAUUAAAGAUUACUUCUAUUUAGAUCUUUAUAUUGUAGGAAUUCUUAUAGUUUCAUAAUAACAAUACCAGUUUGCAAUAAUGUGCUUUACCAAUUAGUUUAGCUUUAUUAUCAGUCUUAACUAUACGAUUAAUGAAACCAAUUUUUCUCAAUCUACUCUCUUAUUCAAAAGAUUAUUGUUUUAUUCUCCUACAUAAACGGCUAACAUAUUAUCUUAUUUUAAAUCGGCAGUGAUUUCUAGUGGUUUAGUGUGUGUAUGGUAUUAGAGUUAUUGGGGUAAUUUGGGUUAUUAUAGUUAUUUUGUUCUUUACAAUGUUUCUAAUUUAUAAUUUAUUUAAGGAAAUUUGGAAAACCCAAUUUUACCAUCUGGCAUAUUUAGUAUGUAAUAUUAACUAGGUCAAUAUCAAUAUAGAAUUUUAACAUUUAAUAGUUCGUAUGGAUUCAUAUUUAAUUUAUAAUAUCCCAAUUAUUUAAUUAGUAGCUUGGAAAUUAAAAUCUAUUUUUCAGGCAACACAAAUCAAUGCAAUUUAACUGCAUAUAAUUUAGUGAAUAAUGUGACUGCUAAUUAUACUUUUAAGUUUGAUGAAUAAAUAAAUUUUGGAUUUGAAUUUGCAUUGUUAUCACUUCUGAUAAUAGUUUUCAUAUCAGCAGUAGUUUAUUUAUGGUUUAAGACGAAAGAUUAGAAAGAAUAAUUUGGGUUAGAAGAAUUUGAAGGAUUAGAGAUUGAUACAUUCUAAUGA